AUGGAUCAGCCACGUCACAUUCAAGAUCUCGCCGAUGAACUACUGAGCGAGAUCCUUUAUUUACUCGACCCACCUCGUGAGAUAUACAAAAAAUUCAAUGGCAAUGGCCAUCAAGCAGUCAGUCUCAAUGGUGAAGCGUCCGACCUCGAUCGUUUCCGUCUCGUAUGCAAGCGAUUCAUGCGAAUCGGGACCCCUCACAAGUUUUCUCGCUUUACUUUGCGAUUCUCCGAGCAUGGCUUUCGGCGACUAGAUGAGCUGUUAGAAAUGCAGCUGGCAUGUUAUGUGAAGAGCAUCACUUACAUGGUGCGGCCAUUUUACCAAGGAAGCGGAUGGUCUCAAAUUAUGCGCGAGCUUGAAACCAAAGAUCCAACCCUGUUCCGAAUCCACAGCCACCGAUACCGCGAGCAAACCAAUAUAACCCUCAAAAACCACGACCAAUCACGCCUUCGUCUCGUCCUAGCAGCCUCGACCUCUUUACAACAAAUCACCCUCCUGAGACUGCAAGACAAAGCAGACGACGACCUCUUGAAGUUCAUGCGUACCCGCCAAACAUCGUCUUUCACAUGGGACUCGGCCUGCACACGGGCAAUAACAAACCUAAGCAUCGCGCUUCUCAAUUCAGACUCCAAAAUCCGCUUCACAGCACCCCAAAUCAGUUCCGAAGCAGCCCUCAAUCUCAUCCACGCCCCGCCAGCAUCCCUCGCCGCAAUUGGAGCCCACCUCACAAGCCUCGAUUUAAACUUUCCCUCAACCAAUGAUCUAACAGGCACAAUGAGCUCCCUCUCGCCGACCCUCCGUCGCUUCUUCAUGGCAGCCAAGCAUCUCUCUGCAAUUCACAUCGGGUUUUUGAGUAGACAUCCUCUAGACCUCAAUCUAGACUCGAUGUUCCAUCAUAUCCGUUGGAAAACGCUCCGCAAACUGAGUCUCCAAGGCUGGCGCUUGGACGCCAGCGAAAUCAUUGCGAUAGCGCGCAGGCAUACGCAGCUCCGUGACCUGAGACUCGUGGGAAUAUACCUACGCUCUGGGCUGUGGCGGGAUGUGCUCCUCGUUUUGCGCGAGGAACUCGUGCUGGAACAUCUCGAGUUAAGGGAAAUUGACUACGCCAGUCACUUUAACUCUGUCGUGACAACCGGUGCGGAGGUUUCUGAUAUUGGGCCGAUUGGUGUUUCUGGACCUGCGUGCUCCCCGCUUACCGUUUCUGCUGGGACGGCUGAGGUUGGGACGGCUGGUGUCCCAACUUUGAGGAAUAGACGGGGGUUGUUGAGGCGGGACUCGGUUGAGAGGUUGAGAGGUUUGGCUGUGGAAGAUUUGAAGGACGAUGGGAUGAGAGUGAUGCGGAGACAGUUGCCGCUGUGGGAGGCUUGGGUGCUUGCUUCGACGGGGAUUGGAAGAAAUGGGAGGUCCUGGAACAUGUAG